GUUUCAUUAUUAAAUAAACUUUCAAAACGAAAAGCAACACCUAAAGUAAAGAUUUUUUUAAGAAAAAGUUUAAAAUUCUGUAAAUUAUUUAUUAGAAUAAUCAUGGCAGAUAAUAAUACUACUAUUCCUCAGACGACUACCAUUUAUUAUGUUUGCACAGUAAAGUGCAUGAGUCGGUCAGCUCAUCAACGCCAACAGCAAAAGCUGCAAAUGCAGCAGCAGCAACUGUUGGCGCAACAGAUGGCUGAUAAUGAGGCAGCCGCUGCUGCAGCCGAGAUGUUUGAUUUGUUUUGUGUGGCUACCACAAUGCGUCAAAUACUCGGCUUACAUCGCCAAAUGUGUGAUGUUGUUGGCUUACGACCCGCCCCCCUUAAUGAAUUCUAUCCAAAGCUUAAAACCAAAGUGCGUUCAUGGAAGGCACAGGCUCUAUGGAAGAAAUUUGAUGCGAGAGCUGCUCAUCGAGCCUAUGCCAAAGGUACAGCCUGUACUGGGACAAGAGUGCUAGUAAUUGGUGCCGGUCCUUGUGGUCUACGCACAGCCAUCGAAGCCCAGCUGCUGGGCGCCAAAGUGGUGGUGGUUGAGAAGAGAGAUCGUAUUUCGCGCAACAAUGUUCUGCAUUUGUGGCCCUUUGUUAUAACGGAUCUACGCAAUUUGGGUGCAAAGAAAUUCUAUGGAAAAUUCUGUGCUGGCUCAAUAGAUCAUAUAUCGAUUAGACAGUUGCAAUGUAUCUUACUUAAAGUAGCUUUACUCUUGGGCGUUGAAAUUCAUGAGGGUGUUUCGUUCGAACGCACAAUAGAACCAAGUGGUGAUGGUUGUGGUUGGAGGGCAUCGGUCACGCCGGCUGAUCAUGCCGUAUCGCAUUAUGAAUUUGAUGUGUUAAUAGGAGCAGAUGGAAAACGUAAUACGUUGGAGGCUUUUAAACGUAAGGAAUUUCGAGGAAAACUAGCCAUAGCUAUAACGGCAAAUUUCAUAAAUAAAAAAACUGAAGCAGAAGCUAAAGCGGAGGAAAUAAGUGGUGUAGCGUUUAUAUUCAAUCAAUCCUUUUUUAAGGAGUUGUACCAUACUACUGGUAUAGAUUUGGAAAAUAUUGUAUACUAUAAGGAUGAAACACAUUACUUUGUAAUGACUGCCAAAAAGCAUAGUCUUAUCGACAAAGGAGUUAUUUUACAAGACUUUGCUGAUCCUGCGGAAUUAUUAGCUCCUAUUAAUGUAAAUACUGAGAAACUUUUAGACUAUGCUCGUGAAGCUGCAGAAUUUUCUACCAAAUAUCAAAUGCCAAAUUUAGAAUUUGCUGUUAAUCAUUAUGGAAAACCCGAUGUUGCCAUGUUUGAUUUUACCUCCAUGUUUGCCGCUGAAUCUUCAUGUCGUGUAAUAGUGCGCAAAGGUUUUCGUCUUUUACAAUGUCUGGUGGGUGAUAGUUUGCUUGAGCCUUUUUGGCCCACCGGCUCUGGUUGUGCUCGUGGUUUCUUAUCCAGUAUGGAUGCUGCAUAUGCCAUAAAACUAUGGUCCAAUUCUGGCAAUAGUACUUUGGGUGUUGUGGCUCAACGUGAGAGUAUUUACAGACUUUUGGGUCAAACCACGCCGGAAAACUUGCAGCGUGAUAUUGGCAGUUAUACGGUAGAUCCCGCCACUCGCUAUCCCAAUUUGAAUCGCACAUCGGUAAAUGUUUGGCAGGUUAAACAUUUAAUCGAUACAGAUGAUAAUACCGUUUUGGAACAAACGUUUAUGGAUACAAAUGCUAUACAACCUACUCAGGUCGAUACUCCAGUACGCAGGAAACGUCGCAGUGGAGAUACUAUGCCUUUAAGUACUGUAUUAUUGAGGUGGAUCUGUGCCCAAUUACAUGCCUACGAAUUUACCAAGGAACUUAAAGAAGUUUCCGAUGUUUUUACCAAUGGCAAAGUUUUAUGUGCUUUAAUAAAUCGUUAUCGUCCAGAUCUAGUCGAUUUUAAUACAGUCAAAGAUUUGAGCCCCGUGGAACAAAAUGAUCUCGCUUUUAAGAUAUUAGACAAAGAAUUGCAUAUACCACGCAUAAUGAGUGGCAAAGAUUCUUUACAAUUAAGCAAUGUAGAAUCGAAAGUUUGGCUUAAUUACUUAGAACAAAUCUGUGAAGUAUUUCGUGGCGAAAUACCGCAUGUUAAACAUCCCAAAAUUGAUUUCUCUGAUUUGCGUGAGAAAUACAAAACUAACAAUGCACAUGCUCAACCGGACUUUUCGAAACUAUUACAACUUUCUACCAAACAAAAAGCCAAAUCUCCCAUACAGGAUCUGGUGGAUGUUCCUCAAGUGGUGCAAAGACGCUCCGUACUGGAUGAGGAGAAAUUAAAGCGCCAACGACGUUACGAACAACAGUUUGUUGGUAACGCUGCAGGUGCAGGCAAUGCAGCACAAACUGAUACUCCUCGUCGUGCCAAAAAACGUCGUAGUGCUGAUAAAGCUGCCAAUAUUGAGGAACGACAAAAACGUUUGCAAGAAAUUGAACUGAAUCGUCAAGAUCGCCAAAGUAAGCGACGUCAGCAACGUUAUCAACAAACUCAAAACUUUUACAAAUCUCUACACAUGCUACAAGCGAAUACCUUCUUACGUGAAGCCGAUGAAAAUACUCCCUUUGAAGAUUAUUCGAUAUUUCUGUAUCGCCAGCAGGCUCCCGAAUUCAACGAUCGUGUCAAAGAUUUGGAAAGAAAAUUACUGUAUCCCGAUCGUGAACGUAGUGAUAUACCUUCAGCUCUGCCUCGCAAUGUAGAUGAACAAUUUAGCGAUCGUAUCAAAUCUAUGGAACAACGCAUUUCAUCACGUAAUGCUUAUGGCAGUGAUAAGAAGCCUAAAGAUUUGAUGCGUGCCAUAGGAAAAAUCGACAGCAACGAUUGGAAUGUAAGGGAAAUUGAAAAGAAGAUAGAACAAUCGAAGAAAACAGAAGUUCAUGGACCCAAAGGUCGUGAAAAGGUGCCAAAGUGGAGUAGAGAACAGUUUCAGGCAAGACAAAAUAAAAUGUCAAAACCCACACGCCAAGAUUCGGCUGAAGAGAAAUUUAAAGAAAUCGAUCAAACGCUUAAGAAUCUGGAUAAACAAUUGAAAGAGGGUAAUGUGUUGGAAGUGGGUAAAGUUGCUUCAAUAGCGGGGCAAUUUGUGAAACGUGACGAUACAUCGGAAGAAAAGAAUCCCCCUACAGUAGUUCCAAAAUCAAGUACCAAAGUGGCUUUGGCUUUUAAAAAACAAGCUGCCUCUGAAAAGUGUCAUUUUUGCAAGCAGACGGUAUAUCUUAUGGAAAAAUUGCAAACUGAAAAUUUGGUUAUGCAUCGAGGUUGUCUUAAAUGUCAUCAUUGUCAUACAAACUUACGAUUAGGAGCUUAUGCCUUCGAUCGUGACGAUCCCAAUGGCCGCUUCUAUUGUACACAACAUUUCCGAUUACCAGCUAAAGCUAUACGGCCGGUGGUUCGUAAACCAGGACAGAGGAAACCAACACAACAACAACAAAAUGAGGCAGCUGCUAGUGCUGCUUCAGUGGCUAAAACACCUGUGCCUUCAUAUAUUAAUAGUGAAUCGGGUGAUGAACCUAGAACACCAGAUAAACGUGGCCAAGUCGAUAAUGUUGCCAAAUUGGAUCUGUUGGAACGUGGCCAAACACCGGAACGCAUAGAAUUCGAAAAUACAGAUGCGAUGUCAGACGGGGAACCCUCUGAAGAACAUAUUAUAGACGAGCACGAAUGGUCAGGCCGCAAUUUCCUACCAGAAUCCAAUAAUGAUUCAGAAUCAGACCUUUCAAGUUCUGAUGACUCAGACCCCGAUUCAGAUUCUGACAUGUUUGAAGAAGCGAAUGAUUCUCCGUUGGGUGCUCAAACUUUGCAACUAGCCUCUGAGUGGAUUGGCAAACAAAAUUAUUCAGAUACUGAUGACUCUGAUGAUUCCUAUGAUUCCAGCGAAGGUAUGGCAGACGAUGGCAAAGAUGAUACAGAAGGUGAAGAAUUUGCUAAAGCCAGAGAAUUGCGUCGUGAAGAAGUUCGCUUACCUCCUUUACCCCCUAAUUUACCCACAGAUACUGAAACAGAGGUCAAAUUAACUAGUGAAAAUAGUAAAGAUUCUAUCGAGAAUAAAAAAGAAAAUGAUGUAGCAACUGAAAAAGAAAAUAAUAAUAAUUUAGAAGGGGAUAAAAGUAAAGAACGAAAGGAUUCUAUUUUGUCGAAUGCAUCUGAUAUUUCGUUCAAGUCAGCUUCUUCGCUAACAAAUGGCAAUAGGAGUACAUCUUCUGUCACUAAAGCUGAUAUUGAAAAAUUGGAGCAAAACUCAGAGCACAAAUUCAGUGCUGAUAUAGAUGCUAUUACGGAAAAAUUGUACCGUUUAAAUAAUGUUGUUAAGAUGAAUAAGGAUAUAGAGACAAUUGCCAAGGAGAAUCUCAUACGUAGCGAUAUUUUGAAAAAAUUAACCAUGAAGGAGAAGUGGUUGGCUGACAAUAAAGCAGCCGCCGCCAAAACGAAAUUUGAAGAAAAGGUGGAUAAUUUCUUAAAGCCUAUAUCAAAAUUCAAAGAUGAAUUUUUUGCACCAAAAACACCAGCAAAUGAAGAUAAAAGUGAUGAUAAGAUCAUGGAUUCCAAGCCACAAAACGGCUCGGAUCCAUUUAAGCCAAAAUCUAAAUUUAAUGAUAGUUUGACCACUACAAUUAAAAGUGAGGAACAAUCUGACACAUUAGCACCUAAGUCUAAAUUUAAAACAGAGGCUGAAAAAAAUGCUGCAAUUUUAGAUUUAUUAAAUGAUCUAAAAAACAAAGAAAAUCGUCCGCAAGCUAAAAUGGAAACCCCAACAACAAACUGUUCAAAAGGUGAAAAGGGCAGCAUUAAUGCGGAAUCAAAGGAAAGCUUAGAAAAAAAUUCUACAACUAGUAGAUCUAAUAGUUUUAAGAGCCAAUCAGCAACCUCUAGUCCAUUAGUUAAAGCUAAAAGUUCUAUUGAAACGAAAAUUCCAAAAUCUGACAGUAAAAUGGAACUUGAAAAUAUUCUCAAUAUCGUUAAGAAAAUUGACCUCUCAAAAUCGGAUACAAAUGUUAAGGAUAAAAGCAAAGAUAUGGGCCACAUGUUGUACAAAGUAGAAAGUAAGUUUUCCCCUAAACCCAAUAAGAAAAUGGUAGAUAAGCUAAAAGAAAUUGAAGCAAAAAGCUUUUCGGGAACAUUGGAUUCUAUAAAAUCACAAAUGGAAACUCCCACAAUUAGUGCACAAGCAGUGCCCUCGAAUGUGGAUCUAUCGAAAUAUUUUCCAAAUCAAAAACAAGAGAAAAAUGCCUCAAAUGCUUUGAACAAAAAUCAGAAAACUCUUAACGAGAUAGAUCUUACCAAAUACUUUCCCAGCAGUCCAGUACCUCAAAGACGACCGUCAGUUGUUACGGUGGCUGAUAGAUUGAAAAAGUCUCAAACAGAAAAGGCUUUAGACACUAUGUCAACUGCAAAAUCAAGUACAAGUGACAAGUCAGUGGCAAAAACAGCACCCAAACGUCAAACCUCUUUGGGAUCUACAAACUACAGUCUAAAAGAUAAUCAAUUGGAUGGGGCUAUAGAUAUAGUAAAAAAGAAACCCGCUGCCAAAGUAGUUACCACAACAGCAGUGGCCAAUUCAGGAAAAAAGGGUAAUGUAAAGAUAAUAAGAAAAAUUGUUCCAAAAGGUACUAAGGCCAAGAAAACAUUAAACCAGAAGAAGCCUGUAUUGGCUAAAGACGAUGAUGAUCGUAUUUUAGACGAAAUUCUAGGAAGUGGUAAUGAAGCCCAACGGUCUCCCAGUAUGGAGUAUCAGCAACUAUUUCAAGAGGAAAAAUCACCUAGUGAAGACAUUUCUGAUAAAAUAGAACGUAUUUUAGAGGAAACUGGCAUAGAUCUCGGAUUACCAAAGAAAACCUCAAGCAGUUCCAAUGAUAAACGAAAGAAAUUGCUCAAAGCCAAAUCAUUUGGCGAGGGCGAAUUGCAACGCAGGAGUAGUAUGAUUGUCGAAAGCAACAACGAUUUGUCAGAAAUGGCAAAGGAAGAUGGUGAUCGUCCUAGUGGUGUACAGAAUAUACUUAAACGCUUCGAAUCGUUGAGUUCGAUGGGUUCAUCAGAUCAUGUCUUCAAAUUGCGACGUAUGGAAUCUACAACAAGUAAUUUAAAUAAAUCCAAAGAGUCCAUAGUAUCGCGUGAGUCAGACAAUUUCAGUGAUUUGGAAAAAACCAUGGAAUACUUAAAAACAGAGUGGCGCAGUGAGGCUACGAAUUUCCUACAAAAGAAACGAAAUGAUUUUCAUAACAAAAGGUUAGAUAAAGAAAGGGAGGAAGAACCUGAAGAAAAACGUCUUUACAAUGAUUUACCGAUACAAUACAGAGAAUCGAAAUUUGCUAAAUUCUUCGGACUAAAACAGAAAAGUCCUGAGAAGAGGAAAUCACCAAUUAAAAAGAAAAAAUCGCCAGAAAAGAAAAAAUCACCCGAAAAGAAAUUACAAAGCUCCAACGCAAACGUGACGAAACAUGCUAUAUACACUUCAUUGGAAGAAUUGGCUUUAAUAAGCGUUAGUAAGCAAGCAAAUCAUCCAACUUCUACCAUAGUAAGUCCCAAGAAAUCAGAAGUUGUUAAUACAGAUAAUGAUACUGUUAAGGAAAAUAAACCAAAGGAAGAGAUUUUGGAAAAACAAGUUGCAGAAAAUAAAAAUACCAUCGAAGAAACACCCGUUAAUGUAAGACCUUUGGUGGAAGACAUAAAGAAUUUGCCCAAAACUGGCUGUGACAAAUCUCUAAGUAGUUCUCGUCGUGGUUCGCAGUCUAGUCUACAGUCUCGCAGAUUGUCUAAUGCAUCACUCACUGAAAAGUUAGAACUUGCAGCUGCCGAUUUAGAAAAACAUGCAACCACUGUAGAAGAACUAAACACAGAUGUAAAUUUAAAUAAAACUAUAUUAAGCACAGAUAAUUAUGAUACAGAUUCCUUGUGUACAUCUAUAAGUAAAAGUCCUAGUGUGGCUCCAGUUACCGUCCAAAUGCGGGGCUCUUCAGAGGAUGAAAGCAUAGAGAAAUUAUUUAGUCAAUUUUCCGAUGAAAUGCUAGUGAAUGUUGAAUUUGAUUCGAAUGAUGAAUUAAUAGCUAUAACACCACGAUCUCCAAUUAAAAAAGAGGAAGAACAUUUAGAUGAAGAUAUUUUAGACAGAGUACAAUCCUUGGAAAGAGAUGCUGAUAAAGAAUCAUCUUUAGAAAUCGAUAGAAAUUCCAUUGUUACCAAAAUUCCUAUGAAUACUACUUCGAAUGAAUUAAAUUUUCCCAUUAAACCACAACGCAGACAAAAAAGUCUUUCAUCAUCCAGUGAUUCUCCUGCUCCUUUAGCUCCACAAAGAAUAAAAAAGAAAUUGUCAAGAUUAUCACCAACUAAUAUGCCACCAUCCGUACAAGAUUUAAUGAUGGUUGUUGCCAGAAACGAUUUGGAAGCCGAUAUAGAGCAAGAUAACUCUAAAAAUACUACAAAACCAUUAAAAUUCCCAAGAAUUAUAGAUGAAGAUGAUAUUUUAUUCGAUGAAUCUCAAGCUCCAUACAAAUAUUUUAUACAAGACCAACCAGAAAUAUCCAAAAAUAUUGCGAAAUCCUCUGAAAUUGCUUCCCAACAACCUUUAGUUAUAGUUACAAAAUCAUUAGACGAUGGCUUUCAAAGUAAUUUGCCUGAAAAUGUUACAGAGUUUACAAAAGUUCUGAAACCUAUUGCUCAAAACAAGGAUAUGGAUUCCUUGGAAGAUGAUAAAGAUGAUAAACAGAAUUUUUCUGGUAACAGUACAAAACCCAAAGAACCACAAACAAAUUCUACAACGCCGGCAACUUCUACUAACAAUCCCAUGGAAUCACAUUUAACAGUAGAAGAACAUUUGCAACCGAAACCCAAUUUAAGGGAGCCAUCACUAGAAUGGAAUAUGGAAAUGAUGCCUAGCAGCCCAAUGCCACCAAGGCGAAAAGGAGCCGCAAGUACUAAAACUAACUUAUCGAAACCUGAGUCAAUAGAAAGUUUAAACAAAUUAAAGAAAAUGGAAUCAAAUACUAUCACUGAAGUAAAUACCACAUCCAAAGAAGAAAAAUCUAAGGAAAGUGUAAGAUCACCGGAAGAAAAUCUAUCGAAUAUUAAAAAUACAAAUUUACAAAGUGAAAAACAAGACCAAAAUCUUGUGAGAAAUUCAGUUAAAGGAAAAGUAGUACCAUCACCUAAGACUGCAGAUAGUAUAUCGUUAUCAUCUUUAAAUGAUAAAGAUAAUGUUAUUAAUCUGAGAGAUAAAUCACCCACAACUUCAAUAAAGCAGCUUAAUAACAUUGAUGCCAAUACUGAGGCUUCUCAAAAACGUUUGAUAGAGGAAUUUGAAUUAGAACGAAGACAUGCUCUAAUCCAACGAGAUAAAGAAUAUCAAGUUAUGGAAAAGCCUGAACUUAAACAAUCUUCUUCGAUCGACAGUUCCAAGAGUAGUUCGAAAAAAUCUACACCUCUAGUAACACCCUGCAAACAGAGUCCUCGAGACUCUCGACGUAGUUCAAUACAAAGUUCAACAACUAACAGAGGUGGAACACCUCCGAUGACAAAGCCGUUGGAAAUACCUGAAUCCCCAACUUCACAAACAUCUCGCCGAAGUUCAUUUGCAUUUAUAGAAUUGUUAGAUAAUAAACCCAUAAUAGCACCAAUGCCAAAGAAAUUAGACUUGCCUAAAAUAGAAGAUGCUCCCGAAAAGCCCGACAAUCUUAAACAGCCCAUUGGUGAAGAUGUUAAGAAGAGACCUUGGCCAAAGUUGCAAGAGGAGGAAGAUGAAGAUGAGAUAUCGAAAGAUGAAAGUGAGGGCUCGAAGAAGUUUGCCUCCGAAAAAGUAGAAUAUGCAAAUAUUCCUGCACAUUCUGGACGAAAUCGUGAGUGGCCAGAUGGGAAGACUGUUUUUAGCAAAAAGGAAAAACCGCAUUACAAGCCACGUUCGGAGACUCCUGAAACAAAUCGCAGUUCUUUUGAUGUUGUCUUAGAAAAAGGAAAUCCCUCUUCUAAAUCAAUAACCGAUUUACGAAAACUGCAGUCACCAUAUAAUUCCAAUUAUUCCUUGGCUACAACUGGUCAAACCGCCGUGUCUUACUCCAGCAAUGACAGCAGUGAAAUACCUAAUCGAAGUGUACAUGUAACCCCACAAAGACCCACACGUCAUCACAAGAAUGUAGCAGUUACAUCCACAAACAGUGAUGAUGCUAGCACUCAAAUGUUAUUGGAACGUAGUAAGCGUCUUCAUAACCGUAAACGAGAUUUUGUCAAUGAGCGUGUUGUUGAACGUAAUCCCUAUAUGAAGGAAGUCAUUAACGAAGAAAGGCGUAACUCUGGCCAUCUUAAAAAUGAUUCAGAUGAUGACGAUGAUAUAACAACAACAUAUCGUCCUCGACAUUAUAACUCUAGCGCGACAAAUACCACUAGAUUUCCUUCUUCUCGAGCCUUGGGUAGACCAACUACUUCAUCGUACAACUAUGAUUAUGUACCUUCUUACGACACCUCCUCAUAUAGCUCCAGGCGUUUACCUACCGUAACAGGUCUACCCUCAACUUACAACCACUUGUCAUCAUCGUUAAAUAGUGGAAGCAAUUAUUAUAAACCCUACACUUCUCCAUCGACUCUUGGCCAUUCUGGCGGCCGAUCAUCUUACCUCACCGAUUAUUCAAGACGUUCUCCUUCCCACCUAAGAGAUCGAGGUGAUCUUUCUAAAGACUCUUGCGUGCAAAGUGAAUCAGAAACCUCAUCUCCUGAUGAAGUUGAACUUAAUUCUGCCACAGAAAUUUCAACAGAUUCUGAAUUCGAUCAAGAUGAAAUGAUACGCGAAACACCAAAAAUUUUUAUUGAUGACACACAUUUAAGAAAGCCAACCAAAGUACAGAUUAAAUCUACUGUUAUACCGCCCUCAAUGGGUCAAAAAUACAAUAAUAUCGCCAAUACCCAGCAAGUCAAGAGUGGAACUUAUUUAGCAAAGUACCAAACACAACCGCAACAACCUAUAAUACCACAAUUUAAACCUCUAGUCCAAGUCGAUCCCUCCCUUUUAAACACAAAUCGCACACCCCUACAAAAUCCUCGUCCAGGAGAUUAUUUACUUAAUAAAACGGCCAGUACCGAAGGCAUAGCUUCGAAAAAAAGUUUAGAGUUAAAGAAACGUUAUUUGCUUGGAGAACAAGCUAACGGUAAUAAGAUACAAAAAUCUGGUUCCACUUCCGUAUUAGAUUCACGCAUACGCAGCUUCCAAUCAAAUAUAUCGGAAUGUCAAAAGCUCUUGAAUCCCAGCAGCGAUAUAAGUCCUAGUAUGAAAACUUUCCUAGACCGCACUAAACUGGGUGAGAAAGCAGGUAAUGAAUUAAUGAGAUCUGCUACGAAUAAUAUACUCAACGAUCUUAAGGUGGAAAUAACAAUACAAAAAGCAUCAUCUACUGCUUCUACAGACAAUGAAAAGGAAAAUGUUUUUGUAAAUAGUAAAAAUGAACUUAACAAAUGUUUGGAAUAUUCUGAGACUGUAAAUAAUACCUUAUUGGAAUCUAUCAAUAAAAAAUCGACUCCUACUACUCCAACUAAUAAUAAAAACAUAAUUGAGACAAUUGAUUUAGUUACACCGGAAAAGGAAAGUACAAUGGAUACAUCGGAUAGCAAUAAGGUUAUCGAUUUAACGGGUGAUUCCCCAGUAAGGAGCAAUCGUACCAUAAUCGAAGCAGCUGUCAAACCUGAUCUAUCUCUUGAUGUCAAAUGUAUACCAGAUAUUUUGGGUCACAUAGAGAAAAAGGAGGAGAAAAGCAAGUCAAAAGAAUGUACACCAACUGUAGAAAGGCAAAAGGAAGAGGAUGAGGUUAAUUUAAUUGAUAACAAUAUGGAAAAGGUAGAUAUACCCGAGAAGUUAGAAGCUAUCUAUGAUAAUGAAAUGGAAGAUGUACAGAUUGAAGUCCCCAAUAUAGUUUGGAAUACAAAAUCCGAUAAUCUUAGUUCGAGUAGCAAUUCUAGCUGUUCGUCACAUUCUUCAAGUUUGGAGGAUAUAGAGCAUUACAUAUUGGAAUCAACCACUAGUCCAGAAACACACAAUAGUGCUGGCCUCAUGUCAUCUUCAGGUGGCAAUCAUCAAGUACCUCGACUAGAAAUACAUGAUACCUCUGGUACUCUCAUGCAAUUCGAUAGUUUAAUGAUAAUAGAUGGUAAAUAUGUAGGCGAUCCUGAAGAUUUGAAAUUUAUAGAAUUGCCAGAAGGAGUAAUUGUUCCUGAAGUACCGGCCGUAAAGACAACAGAAUUAGAAGAUGAACAUGAGGUGGAUGUGGAACCAGUCACAGCCACCCCAGAACCCGCCGAAACCACCGUUAUUGAGGCGGAUAAGUUGGAUGUAAUUAAAGAUAUUGAAGAAAUAGUAGAUAGGGAUGUGGAUGAGCCGCCACCACUGCCAGAAAUAGGGCCACCACUGCCAGAAAAAGGACCACCAAAAAUUAAGCCUUCUAAUCUUAAGUUUGACACGAAAAACGAAAACAAAAUUGAAAGUCUUAAAAAUCUACCCUUGAUUGUAGAUGCCUCCUCAAAGGACUAUAAGAAGGCAGUCAAACCUAUUACCUUAAAUCUAACAAGCGCACAAAAAACGCCAGAAACUCCUACAACACCUAAGGGGAGUUUCUUACAAACACCUACGUCGCCUCUAAUAGAUAUGGAUAAAACUCCAACUGGUGAGUUGAUCUCACGUGGUUCAGAUUCUGAGACAGAACCCACAGGUACCGCACAAAUUCUGACAGAGACUGAGUUGUCGGACUGGACGGCAGACGAUUGCAUUUCUGAGAAUUUUGUUGACAUGGAAUUUGUCCACCACUCAAAUAAAACAAAUUUAAAAGGCGGCAAAAAAGAUAAGAAAAAGAGAGGUCUACCAACAAGCAAUGAGGUCUUACAAGAAGUGGCCAAAACCGCUCCAGUUGCUGAAUUUGAAGGUAUUCUCAAAUCAAUUGAUAUUGAUGAUAUUGAAUUUAUGGACACAGGUUCCGAUGGUUCGGGAACCGAGCCUCUUUCCGCAACUAAUACAGCUUUGCUUCGUAACCGCGGCUAUGUUGAAUUUGUAGACAACUCUCCUAAACCUAAUAGAACUACAGCACAAAGUGCAUAUGGUUCUGCAACAUCAUCAAAGGAAAGUUACAAACCCAUCCAGACAAAGAGAGACGAAAAACUGGGGAUUGACUAUAUAGAGCAAGGGGCUUAUAUAAUGCUUGAUGACAUGAAUAAAACUCCUGUAAACGAAGCUGCUAAAAAUAUUCCUUCCACACUAAUGACGCAAUCACUUACCGACUCAAGUACCAUCAACGACGCAGAAGACGAGAGUACUUGCGCUUUAUCGUCACAAAUGCAACUAACAUCGGUUGAUACCACCACCACUUCAAAACCAACACAACAAAUGACUACCACAGAGGAAAGUGAAGCUUUGACUGUAGUCACUAGUCCAUUUGAUUCUUCUUCGCCCCAUACACCAAAUUCAAACAAAAUGGGAAAAGAAAGCAACGCCGUCAUUGUCCAAGAAAAGGGUGACAGUUCAACGCCCAGUAGCUCGGAUAGAGCACCUAAAUCAUCACAAUCAACUUCAUGCACUAACUCUGCCACAUCCUCCAGUAAAAAUACUCCUCCACGACAACUAAUUAAAGAUCCUCUUAUGGCAGCCGCAGACAAUUCGUCAUUAAAGAAAUCAAACGACGAGUUGUCAUAUGAAGAAUAUGUACGAGCUUUGCAGCAGAAGAUUGUACAAAUUUCAACAACUGCUCGUGGAGAUUCAUUAGAGGCUCGCAAACAACGAAGGAAAAGCUCAAAGGGAGAGGCUCCAAUAGCCUUAACAAAUCCUAACCAAACUGUGAUAGAAUCAACACCAACAACUACAUUAACUACAACAAAUAAUUUAAGAUUAGAUAAGGACGACGAAACAAAAACGAAUCAAACAAUAACCGCUUCGCCAGCAAACGUAGCUGAAACAGCAAAUGCAAAUACAACCGUUGCAGCAGUAUUACCCACACAACUGAAUAAAGUACCUGAAAUUCCGACACUUACAAGCAAGCUGGAGGAAAUCACCAAAGAACGCACCAAACAAAAGGAUCUUAUUCAUGACCUGGUCAUGGACAAAUUACAAUCGAAAAAACAAUUGAAUGCCGAAAAACGUUUGCACCGCAGUCGUCAACGUACAAUGGUAACAAGUGGUGGUGGUGGCUGCGGUCUCGGCGGUGGUGGUUACUCAUCAGGUUCUAGUCUAAGUCCCACGCCCAAAUUGGCGGCAGCUAACUCUACCACUGAUACAAAUUGCACAAAUCAAGCUCACUACCAUGUAUCCACAGCCGCGGCUGAAACAUCCACAUCUUCUUCCAACCGAACACCAGCACUGCGUCUGAAUACAAACUCAAGCUUUACAGAGAACAAUCCCUCGACUUCAUACACUGCAGCUUAUGGAAUGGAAGCUUUAUCGCCCACUCGAGCUAAAGCCUACAAACAACGUCCGUUUAGUGAACACUUGGAGGGAGAUUCUUUAAAAUCAUUUGAACAACGUUACAAAAUCAAUAAAACACCCUCAUUUUCCUACGCUACAACUCGGCAACAGCAUCCGGUGGCGCAGCCUACAUCUUAUUCUGAACUUUCUACCCCAAUUCCACCAAUGCGACAAAAACGAAAUGGCGAAAGUGUUGCAACAACACCAACCGAAACGAAUAAAGAAACAAAUUUUUCGGUAUCCACUGAGAAUCUUAGAAGUGAAGCUAGAGCUCGUGCUCGCUUGAAAUCCAAUUCCGAACUGGGACUGAGUCCCGAAGAGAAAAUGCAGUUACUGCGCAAACGUUUACAAGUGGAUGUGUGUACAGAUCCGGAACCAGUAAGAGCUUUACAAUCUUCAUAUGAACGAGAAAUUGGCAACAGUAAACGUGAAAACAAAAUGAGCAGUUCGAAAAGUGUUAACGAUCUCGCCUAUUUAACUCAAUCACAAAAACAAAAUACCAACAGUGUUGGUAUGGCAAAUAACGCUUCUAGAGCAUCUGAUUUUACCUCAGAUCCAAACCUAUUGAUUUCGUCCACACAUUCGACCUCUGCCGCUACGGACAGCAGUAAACAAUUGAAAACGAAAUCCGGUCGUAGAGUUAAAGAUCCAGAACGACGUAAAUCGCUUAUACAAUCUUUAUCAAGCUUUUUCCACAAGGGACAGCAGAAUAAGGAGAAUAAACAACAACAGCAACAAAAAGAUGCCACUGCUUCGACUAGUGAUGGCAACUCUGCACAGCCAGAGCGUCCUAGCACUGGUGGUGGCAGUAGCAGCACAUCUACAUCACAAACAGUUUCUUCAGGUAUCGAUGGUGUUCUAAGUCGUUUUCGUAUAUCACCCAAAACCAAAGAGAAAUCGAGGUCUUGCAUUGAACUCAGGAAUUUCAGUGUUGGUGAUAAGGAUGAUUAUUUAUACAAUAUUGGCAAUUAUAUUGGUGCCAGUCCAACGAGACGUUUGAGAACCUCGUCAGCAUCCAUGGCCAUGACAUAUGAGUGUCAUAAUAAUCCUGAUUUUCCCAGUAGAACACAAUUAACGCAUACACCCUACAGUCAUUCACAAAUAAAUAAUUUGAACAACAGCAACAACAGUCGCAAUCGUCAUUACGAACAACAGCAGCAACACAAACAUCAACCACAACAACAGUCAUCAGCAAUAGUACAUUACAAUCAAAACUUUUCACACACUCCUACCAAGAAAUCAUCAUCUUCAUCAGCCCUGGCGUUUUCAUCAUCUAGUCCGCAAUUGUGUGUGAAUAAAUCACAAUCAAUGACAAAUACAAAUAUCGCCGCAGCAGCAGCCGCUUAUGACGAUCAGACACCGCCUCCCAUACCGCCUUUGCCACUAAAUUAUCAAAGAUCUGAUGACGAGAGUUACGCUACCGAGACUCGCGAUCAAAAGAAACAGCGUGCAAUAUCGAAGGCUGUUCGCCAAGCUGAACUUAAGCGAUUAAGAAUCGCUCAGGAAAUCCAGCGUGAACAAGAAGAAAUUGAAGUGCAAUUAAAAGAAUUGGAAACACGUGGGGUACUCAUUGAAAAGGCUUUACGUGGAGAAGAACAAAAUUAUGAUAAUCCGGAUUCUACUACUAAUGUGGGCAGUAGUGAUGAAAAACUCUUAAAAGAACUUUUGGAAAUAUGGCGAAAUAUAACACAACUUAAAAAACGAGAUGAAGAACUUGGAAUUCGACAAAAAGAACUACAAUUAGAACAUCGACAUGCUCAGCUUAAAGAAGAACUUAACUUGCGUUUAUCCUGUAGCAAACUAGAUAAAAGUUCUGCGGAUGUUGCAGCCGAAGGAGCGAUUUUAAAUGAAAUGUUAGAAAUUGUAGCCAAACGAGCAGCUUUGCGACCAUCAGCAUCUAAUCAUGACUUGGCUGGCAGCUCCGAUCUACUAAGAGUUGGAGAUAAAGCAGCUGCUUCAACAAGCAAAUUACAAUUGAGUUCAACUCGUGGACAAUCAAAUGAUAAUGAAGAAUCAAAUAUUUGAAAUUCUAAUAUAUUUUUGAGAAUACUCGCCAUAGAAAUUUUGAUGGAAAUUUUUAAAUUAUUCAACUAAAUUCCAAACUAUUUACUAAAAUAUUUUAUAAAGCAAUGAUGAAAGAAUUAACAAUGGGCCAACUAGACCAGCAAAAGGAAAGAGAACAAUUAUAAAAAAGUUAAAACUUAAAAAAAAAGAAAAUCAUUUAAAUGAAAGCCUUCUUAAAAUGCCUCAUCGAAAUCAAUUAGUAAACUAACUUGAUACAAUUUUAAUAUACAUUAUUAUUAAAAUAAUAAUCGAUUUUAAAAAAACCAUAUAAAUUUUUCAUGCAAACAACAAAAAUUAUAUAUUAAUAUAAUUACUAUUAGCUUCUCUCAAUUUCUCUGUAUUAAUUAAGCGUUAUGCCAAAUAUAAAAUGAAAAAUUUUGGAUUUAUUCUUUAAAAAAAGAAACAAAAAAUACAAAUAAAAAUGAAGUAAUUUCAAUUUUUUAAUUUAGUUCUUCACAAAUUGUUUGUAUUACCUAAUUAUACUGUUUAAAAGUAAACUCCAUGUGUAUUUUGUACUUUUGCAUGACCGACAUUCAUUACUAUCCUAUGUUUUUUUUUCUUUCCUCAACUAUAAACGCAAUUUUAAAUGUAAAUUAUUGUGCUAUUUUUUAUUAUUUUUAUUGUUUAAUCGAUGUCUGCGUAUGUUUUAUUCAGUAUAACUUAUAUAUCUAUUUUAUUUAUAUUUUAUGUAUAAAUGUAUUCAUUUAAGUGUUUUAAAUAAUUAAAUUUGUUUUUAUGUACUUUUAUUUUAUAUAAAAAAAGAGUUUUGUUAGAAAAUUUGCUGGAUAUUCAAAUUGCAAUAAUUGUUUCUAAACGCCUUUAUGAAUUACCAGCAAAACUACAAACAUAAUUUAUUUAAAUGUAUUUGUAAAAAAUUUUAAAACGAA